CUUCCUGUUGUCUUUCUCUGACUCUAAGGACCAAACAAAAGCUUUUUCCUGUAAGUCAUUGUCUGCUUCAACAAUCUUCCUGUUACAAUGUGGGAGACAAUUUAAAGAACCAAACCAGAAGUCUUGUUUGGUUCAGCCCUUUACCUACAAAUCACAACUAGCAAAUAUAACUGCCAACUAUUUUCCAAAGCAUAUGUUUUAGAUGAACACCCUCUCCCCUGGAGAGUCACUGAUUCAAUUCAAGUAUGUUAUAAAAAUCAACUUACAGAAAAUUAAAACCUUCUUGAGACACCACAUUCUGUCAGGUGGUCCAACAUUUUGGUCCAGACUGAAAUAUCUCAGCAAUUAUUGAGUGGAUUGCCAUAAAAUGUGGUUCACUCAUUUAUCUUUCUCAGAGGAUGAAUCCUAAUGACUUUGGUGACCCCAGACCUUUCCUCUAGUGCCACCAUGAGGCUCACGAUUGCAGUUUUGAGACAAAUGUCUUGCACUAUUGAGUGGAUUCCUAUGCAAUUUGGAACAGACAUUCAUGUCUCCCUAAAGAUGGGUUUUACCUUGUGUCACCAUCUGGUCAAUCUGUCAGUUAGAAUUUGUUCAGUACUUUGAUUUGAUCCAUUUGAAAAAACAAAUUCAGACAGUUAGCAAAUGUUAGCAUGCUAACACACAAAAGUAAGAUGAACAUGAUCAACAUUAUACCUGCUCAACAUAUGGAUGUUAGCAUUUUCAUUGUAUGUUACCAUGCUGUUGUUGGCAUUUAGGGCAAAGUACUGCUGGGCCUAAGAAGCUAAGAGUUGUGAGCAUGACUGUAGCCUUGUUAUUCUGUAUAUUUCAUAUAAUUUAAAACCAAGACUGAAAAUGCGAUACAAAUGUCCACAAUCUCGUAUCGACAUUGCGGGAAGACCUGUUACCCCCUACUAUCAAGAGAAAAAAAUCAGUUCACUUCUUGUUACCAAUAAAGGAUGUUGGUGAUUUUGUGCCUGAACUUAUCAAAUGAAAAUGUAGUGUCAACAUUUUCUCAUAGUGCUUUUACCAUUUUACCAUUACUUAAUGGAUGUUCAAAAUUAAUCAGAUGUGAGUUGUAAAAUGCCAUCACCAGCUUAGUUAGAAUCUUGAUGAACUAGAACUAGAACAGAUGAUGAGAAUGUUCAGUUAUCACAUCAUCACUCUAGAACUCUGACAGAAUACUGUACAUUCUGGUUGAAGCCUGGAUCUACAGAACAAACCUCAUUUACCUUCAUGAUCUUGAACCGAGUACCGUCUCUGUCUUUGGUGAACGAACGUACAACUGUUAUAGAACGACGACAACUGAUAUUCGACGACCACUAUUUUAACUUCAACUUCUACUUCUACUUCAACAACUGUGACUGCUGUCUUUGCUGCAACUCAACAACAAAUGGACCCACAAAGACACCUGGCAUUUGGACAAAUGCCAUUCACUGCUCCCCUUUACAGGCGAGUCGCUGCUCCCCUUUACAGGGCAAGUCGCUGCUUCCUUUUACGGGGCAGCACAGUUCAACCCUGCUGUAGUACAGCUGCAGCAGACUGUACAGGGCCUAAGAGAUGCCCUCUACUCCGCCAUCUCUGAGAUAAAGGCUGUGAAGGAAGAGAACAAGGCUCUUAAGGAGCAAGUGAGGAAGAUGGAGAGGAAGCACAGAGAGGAGCUGAAAGAAAAAGAUGAGCUCCUUAACAGAGAAGUCAACAAAAGGAGGGCUCGUACUCAGGCUUAUGUCAACUGCCUGGACCUGCUCAAUAGACAAGAAAAGGCCCUUAAGAGUGCAGAGCUGAGAGGUAAAGCUCUAGAGUCAAACCUGAGAUGGGAGCUGACUCUCAAAGAAGAGAAACAUCAGGAGGAGAAGAAAUACAAGGAGGAAGUGGAAGAGGAGACCAAGAGGAGUGAGGAUGGUUGGAGGAGAAUGGAGAGCCACCUCAGAGAGGAGCUCAAUCAUAAAGAUGAGCUCCUUAAAAAAGAAACCAAAAAAAGGAAGGCUCGCACUCAGGCUUAUGUUGACUGCAUGAACCUGCUCAGUCAAAAAGAAAAAGAUCUGAAAGAGAGUGAAGAGCAGACACAUGACGCCUUAGAGAAGAGUCUAAAACUGGAGCUGGCUCUGAAAGACCAGAGAGAGCAGGAGGACAAAUACAAAGAGAAGGUGGAGGAGGAGACUAAGAGGGCUGAGGAUGAACUGAGGAGGAUGGAGAGCCAGUUCACAGAGGAGCUGAAAGAAAAAGAUGAGCUCCUAAACAGAGAAAUCAACAAAAGGAGGCUCAUACUCAGGCUUAUGUUGACUGCAUGAACCUGCUCAGUCAAAAAGACAAGGAGCUGAAGGAGAGCAAGGAGCAGACACGUAAAGCUUUAGAGAAGAGUCUGAGCCUGGAGCUGGCUCUGAAACAACAGAGAGAGCAGGAGGAGAAGAAGAGCCAAGAGAAGAUGAAGAACAAAGACAACGAAAAGCUAGAGAAGAACAAAGGAGGUGACGAUGGUCAUAGGAGGAUAGAGAGCCAGCUGAGACAGGAGCUGAAAGAAAAAGAUGAGCUCCUGGAAACAGGAAUUAAAAAAAGGAAGGCCUGCACUAAGGCGUACCUGGACUGCCUGGUCCUGCUCAGUCAGAAAGAGAAGGAGCUUCAGGAGAGAGAAGAGCAGAGACGAAACGCCUUAGAGAAGAGUCUGAGACUGGAACUGGCUCUAAAACAACAGAGAGAGCAGGAGGAGAACAAGAGCCAAGAAAAGAUGGAGAACCAACACGAUGAAAAGACGGAGGAGGAGACAGAGAGGAGUGAAGCUAAAGAGAUGAAUGAGAAAAAAGAGAAACCAAAGAAGAAGAGGGGGAAGAAAAAGAACAGGGGUUAGCCACAACAGAGGAUCCCUCCCUCUGAAACCCCACCUCUUUCCCCCCAUCUUACCUUACCCACUCCCCUCACCCUCCUUCCCCUUUCCUACCCUCUCUUUCCCUCUUACCCCUUUCUCUUUUACCCCUUUACCCCUCUUUCCCCUCUCUCCCCCACCUCUUUCCCUCUCCCUAAAACAAACCCUUCAUGUCUUGUUUGUCAUGUGUGUUAAAUAUAUGUUUUC